AAGUCCAUCUUUAAGGCCUUAGUAAUACGUGACUGGUGGCGUGAUCGAACACCUGUCGUCCAGCAUGACAUCCCAAUGCUUUACCUAUGUGGCCCCGAUCAGAGUUAUAUGCUUCUCCGAUGCCAAAACGUCGCUCUUUGAAACGUCUCGCGCAUGCGCCAAUAUCAAAUUUUACGCAUUGUUCCCCCGUGACAUCUAGCCGUGGUGUUAGACUGCACUUUCUUCGGAAACGGCCCAUACUAUUUCUUUUGUCACGCGAAGGCGAGAUCUCCAAAGUGAAAAAAGUCCCGGUACCCCUAUGAUGAUAUUGCUAUAAAAAGCGCAUCCAUUUCAGCUUAGUCUAGGAGAAAGAUGACAGAAUCAUUUUCCUGCUCAGAGGCGCCGCUCACUUGGUACAGAUAUGCCACAGGGAGCUUCGGGCAAUGGGCUGACGCCUAAAUGUCGCUGUCUGAAACAAAGAACGGCCUGAGUCUAGGUUGACGGCAUCUCUUGCCCCGCGACACUUAGGAUGGGUUAGCGUUUUUUUUUUUGCGUUAUACUGAACGUCACGUGUGGAUUUACGUUUGGAAAGCUCGUGUGGUGGCGAAACUUUUUUGUAGACGAUCGACAAGAGCUUGCAGACUUCCUGCGAUAUCCAAAAUGGUACUGCAAACUUCCCAGGUCGCGAUGUCGAAGCAAGUGAGUAAGAAAGACACGGGACAUCGCCGUCGUCGGCACAAGAAGACGGCGGACAGCGAGGCCAGGUCGCCGUCGGCCGCCACGAUGUCCAGAAUUGUCGCCUCCGAUGUGAGCAAUAUGUCCGCGAGUGGCGUGGAAACCGCCGCCUCCCGGCUGCCGCCUGCCGCCCCCGCCGCCGAACAGCCCGCAUCACAUGGAAAAAUCACCGCCGUUCAACUAUCCCCUACCGCUAGUUCUACUUCGGUUCAGCCGGGGUCGCAAAGCAGCGGCAGCGUCGGAAACACGUUUCGGGAAGGUGCCGUGCCUGUGGUGCCAACGUUGUCCGUCUCCGAUGCCACGACAGCGGCGACGCCACCGAAACAGGAUGGCAGCGGAAGACGGUGCACCCAGCAGAAAGGCGGCACCGCGGAGGUGGAGCCCAUUUCGAUGUCCCCGUCGAGCGGCAUGACAUUGGGGCCUUCUGUGGCAGCCGCCACCAGCACGUCGAUCGGAACCGCCGGCCUUUCCGAGCCGGCUUCGGCCAAGGAUCGGGACGGAGGCCCAGGGCGCACACUCCCGACUGACGCGUCGACUGGCCGCACAGAUCGGUUGGAUCCGAGGAGAGGAACCACCCGGCAGACGGUGUCGAAAGGAGGAAGCAUGGGCAGAGCGAUCCGGCUGCAGAAGCCUGUAGCGGGAGUCGGAGGUUCCUUGCAACAGCUCCCCGUCAGCUCCAGCAAGGUCGAGGGGAAGGUCCAGCUUCCCGCGUCUGCCCCCGACUUGAGGCCUGCACGGACGUCCCUUCCGUUCACUAAACCGGCGAACUACGUGAGUGCACCUGCUUAGUUUUU